AGCUAUAGUUUCAUUUUUCUCCCAGUACUUGUUUAACUGCCAACCUUGAAUCACCUCUACAGGCCAGCUGUUAAUCAAAAUUAUUAAAUGCAGGUAGAUAGCCCAUCAUCAUUUGGAUAUUUCUGAAAAACGUAUUACCUCCCUCGACAGCCUUCCUUUAUCAACGUGCCUGUUUGGCACGUGUUCUCUCAGGAUGUUGGCACUUCUCCUCUUCUGUCUGGUACCCUGCGGUGCUGACGACUCAUGCAUCCCGGGGAUCCUAAAUACUCCUUCAGUUGUAGAAUAUGGAACAGAUUUAGAAGCAAACUGCUCCACCACCAGAGAUGACUUUGAUGAGCUGACCCUACGGCUUGGAAACACAAGCUGUACAAAUCCAGAAAACAAUUCUGUGGUUACAUGUGCUGCACCGGUGUUAGACUUUAAGAUGAAGGUAGAAUGCAGGCUAAGGCUAAAUGGCACCGAAUGCAUGAAUGCGACUGAUAUAAUCGUAUACCAAAACCCAGAGGUCAGGCUGUCUGUGAAGAAUGGAAGUGAUGAGCAAGAAGAUUACACACUCCAGUGUGAUGUCUUGAGUGAUAUCCCUGCUCAAAACUAUUCUGUCACAUGGUUCAAAAACAAUGAAACCAUAAAGACAGAGUUCAUCAUUGGAGAGCAAGAAAAAAAAGAUUCCUCCAUAAUGGCCUUCAACAUCAGCAGGGAGGAGAAGUUUGCUCAGUUUAGAUGUGAAGUUCAACUGGAACUGGAGCAAAUAGAAACCAGACCUGUUAUUUCUACAACACAAAAUGUCUCAGCACGCUAUGCUCCUGAGCUCAGGAUGAAUUCUAGUGAAACCAUCACUGUGCCCAAUGGCGGAAAUGUAACCCUGCAUUGUGAUGUAGAGGGGAACCCUCCUCCUGAAUAUGUGUGGGCUAUAGAUGGAAACCCUAUUUUUCAAACCACAAAAUGGUUGGAAAUUGAUCAGGUUAAUAGCAGCAUAAUCUGCAGCUGCACAGCUAGCAAUGUUCUGGGUAAAAUAACCGUGAAAAUCCAUGUUGAUGUUGAAGAAGUGAAGACUGAGGCAGAGAAGCUUGAAAAUUGUGGGUUGACCCUGACCCCCUCUUACCUUUAUGUGAAAUAUGGUAAUCCAGCUUCCAUUGAUUGCUAUACAGCCAGCACAGAUUUGGCUAAAAUGGCCUGGGAGACUGCCGUCGGGCAAAGCUUUGGAACACCUCCUAAUGUAACUUGGAGAGUUGAGAAACUAGAGGACUUCACCGUGAAGCCGUUUUGCUUUGUCACUCUGCUUGAUGAUACACAGUGCAUUAAAAAGCCAGAGAUCACUCUUUAUAAGCCUCCAGAUUUGGUGGCAGUCUCUGGCAUGGUUAAAAUGAAAGAGGGUGAAGAGCAUACGCUGCGGUGUUAUAUUUUCAACGUUGCCCCUGCUAAUAAGCUCCAGGUGACAUGGUAUAAAGACGGUAGAAAUGUCCACACAGCUAAUUUUGAAAGCUUAGACGUGGCCCCACACACAGAAUGCUUUAAAAACUCAGCCGUACACCCCUGUGAUGUCUCAUCUAACUACACAUUUAUCCCUAAUAAAAGUGACAAUGCGUCACUUUUCACAUGCACGGCUGAGUUACAGUUUAGACCUGCAGGGCCGCUGCCACCCCCCUCUGUGGCUUCAGCACCUUAUACUGCUGUCGUGGAAUAUAAACCAACCAUCAAAAAAUGCAUGUUUUCUGGUGUGGAAGAUAGCUUCAGACUGCAUGAUGUGCCCUGUGAAACUGAUGGGAACCCUCCACCUGCUAUUGAGUGGCAGUACAAUGGUACACGGAUCGAUGAAUUCAAGCUCCUGAAAAGGACUGACUCUGGGACCUACAAAGCUAAAGUGUAUAAUUCAAUGGGCGAGGAUAGCACUGAUGUUGUUAUCACAGUUGAAUACAAACCCAUGUUUUCUUGUGAGAGGAAUUAUACGGUUAAAGUGAACGAGAAAGCAAAUAUUUUGUGUGAACCGGAUGGUGUACCCUCUCCCAACCUCCGUUGGUUCAAAAAUGGUACUGAGAUCGUUCCACAUUAUUGGAAGAAAAACGAGAGUGGGUGGUAUUCACUUAGAGCGUCCAACAAACACGGGGAAGUUGAGCACCAGUUUUAUCUGGAUAUUUUAUACCCCCCUGUGUUCACAGAAACGAAUGCAACCGAGAUUCUUGUUGCAGGCAAAAAUUUCAGUUUUGUUUGCAAAGCUGAAGGCAACCCUGAGCCUUUGACCGAUUGGAGCUACCCGAUUAGAGAUAAUGUACAGAAGACCACUAAGGGGCGCCAGAAGAUCAUAACCAUCACAACAGCCACGUCUACUAAUGCUGGUUCUUACAUCUGUAAUGCCACGAAUGAAUUUGGGAAUGUGACAAGAACAAUCCAGCUAAAAGAUAAAUCCACUGACAACUUCCAGUUCUGGUGGAUUAUCCUAGUGGUGCUACUAAUUUUUCUUCUAAUCAUUUUUCUGGUUUGUUUUUAUCGGAGGACCAGAAUACAUGGGGAAUAUAACUUUGUUGCUACCAAUGACACAAAUAUAGCUAUGCAAAACAGAUCUGCUGUAGAGAAUGGAGUAAAAUCAGCGAAUGGUCAGAGCUAAAGUUGAGGAAAAAACAGCCUGUAAAUGCACAUUUUGAAGCAGUUGGGGAAAAAAGUACUUUUGUGCAAAAUGAUUCAAGUAUAAGAGAUAUUUGUCAAAUUGGUCAGACAAAUCAAGGUGGCUGCUUUUAUUGUUAUUUUUGUCUCUUUUUAUAUCAUAUUGUAUAUUUUUUCUUGCAUUAUUGACUGUGUACAAAAUGAAUGCGUGCAAAAUC